AUCUCACCCAGUAACAAUGCAAGAGUUGAUGUCAGUCUAUAAAAGGAAGUAGGAACUGUCCCUGGCUUUCAGGCUCCAACAUCCUCCCUCUGUCAAGAUGUGGCACCUCAAACUUUGUGCAGUCCUCAUGAUCUUCCUGUUGCUGUUGGGCCAGAUAGAUGGCUCCCCAAUACCAGAAGUGAGUUCAGCAAAGAGAAGGCCACGGAGAAUGACCCCAUUUUGGAGAGGGGUUUCCCUCAGGCCUAUUGGAGCCUCCUGCCGGGAUGAUUCUGAGUGUAUCACAAGGCUAUGCAGAAAAAGACGCUGUUCCUUAAGUGUGGCCCAGGAAUGAUGUACAUACCAGGGAAGGAAAGGACAGCAGUCACCUCCGACAAUGCUCCGUUCUAUGGAAUAUUGAUUAACUGCAUUUUGGCUGGAGACACCCAAGUGAAGCAAUCUUGUAUUUUUAAUAUUUAAAGGCAGAUGUAUGCUUUAAA